AUGAAAGAUCUAGGAUUUGAAAACAUGACCAACGACUAUAUUCUCGAUUCUGAGACUGCAGCCCUCAUUGCAGACGAGUACGGGUUUGACGUUAAUACAAAUGAUGAUACUGGUGCGGAUCUGUUUCCCUCGCCUGAGCCGACUGACCCCAAGCUACUAAAACCUAGAGCUCCUAUUGUUACCAUCAUGGGCCACGUUGACCAUGGUAAAACCACGGUUCUUGAUUAUUUGAGAAAGUCAUCUAUUGUCAAAGGUGAACAUGGUGGAAUCACACAACAUAUAGGUGCUUUUGUUGUGAAGACGCCAGUGUCUAAGAAAACGAUAACUUUUCUGGAUACACCAGGACAUGCAGCUUUUCUAAAUAUGCGAGAGCGUGGGGCUAACAUAACUGAUGUUGUAGUUUUGGUUGUGGCUGCUGAAGACUCUGUGAUGCCGCAAACAAAGGAAGCUAUUCGGCAUGCAAGAAAUGCAGGUGUGCCAAUGGUUGUUGCAAUAAAUAAAUGCGAUAAAGAAGAGGCAAAUCCGGACAAAGUUGUUGCAGAUCUCUCAGCAAAUGGCGUGGAGGUUGAAGAUUAUGGUGGAGACGUUCCAACAGUUAGAAUCUCUGCCAAGACAGGAAUGGGUAUGGAAGAACUUGAAGAAACCAUCGUGGCUGUUGCCGAGUUGCAGGAUAUAAAAACUCAGGAAGACAAAGUUCCAGUUGAGGGGUGGGUUUUGGAGUCGCAGGUUAAGAAAGGCUUGGGAAAUGUGGCUACCUUUUUGGUUAUUAAAGGUAAACUGAAACCAGGAGCUGUUUUGGUUGCUGGACAGACCUGGUGUAAAGUUAGAGCCAUGAAGGACGAGUUUGGUAAACCAGUAAAGGUUGCUGGGCCUUCCACUCCAGUUGAAAUAUCCGGCUGGAAAGACAUUCCAGAUGCUGGAGAAAUGGCCCUCGAGGCAUCCAGCGAAGCUUUGGCUAAAAAAGUGAUUUCGAAUAGAGAGAAACGAAAGCUUCUGUUAGAAGAAGCGUCUCAAAUUGAGCAAAUGAAUAAGCAAAUGCUGGAGAAAAUGGAAGCAUCUCGUCGUGAGGAGAAAAUCCAAGAGUACCAGCUUGAAGGUCUUACGAUGGAUGAGAUUAGAGAAUUGGAACCAGAACUGUUUGACGAUGAAGAAACAAAGUUACUAGAAGUUCCGUUCAUCAUAAAGGCAGACGUUAGUGGCUCUGCUGAAGCUAUAUCUCAAAGCAUUUCGGGACUUGGUAAUGAUGAGGUGCAGUCGACUGUUUUAUAUGAAGAAGUGGGACCUCCAACAGAAAGUGAUAUUGAGCGUGCGAAACUGUCUAAUGCCCAGAUUCUGGCAUUCAAUGUCAAGGUUCCUAAAGACAUUAUCAAUCUUGCAUCUCUCAAUGGUGUUGAGAUCAAAGAGUUCAAAGUCAUCUAUCAUUUAAUCGAAGACGUUAUGGGAUAUUUGACCUCAAAGUUGCCAAAGAAAUAUGAAACAAAAAUACACUCCAGUGCAUCAGUCAAGCAGAUCUUCGAGAUCAGUUUAAGGAAUAAGUCUAAGAUGAAAAUUGCCGGAUGUCGUGUCGUCAAUGGAACUUUCAAACGGAGCGCAACUGUGCGCUUGAUAAGAAAUGGUAAGGAAAUAUACAGAGGAAGAGUUAGACAACUGAAACACGAAAAGGAAGAUGUCAGUGAAGUCACUAAUGGUGUCGAGUGUGGUGUUGCUCUAGACGGAAACGUAGAAUUGCAAGUUGGAGAUGUGAUCGAAGCCAUCGAGGAGAUAGAAAUACAGAGACAUUUGUAA